AAGCAUGGUUCCAAGCUCCCUGAAAAUUUCCCAAGAUAGCAAGUCCAAAAUGCUCUGUUUUGAUCCAAAACCCACAGCACUCUGUCUCACUCUCGCAUUCCAUUUCAGUAUACUCUUCCACUGGCCUCUCUAUCAGCUUCCUUUGAACUCCAUAUCUCAUCAGGACAGUUGAUCAUCAAAGGAUCAGCAUACAAAUUAGAAUCUCCGUGGUUGCUAAUCACUUCAAAACAACAAAAUCAACAGACAUAGUUCAUCAGUGUUUGAGUAUUCGAUCGUCUUCCUGAAGAUACUGUAGAUCUUCUUCACUUUCAACUACUCUUCAAUCCAGGUUUGGGUUAUAUAUGCAUUUGUUUCUGAAAACGAGGUAUUGGGAAGGUUGGUCUUCCGGGGGCUGUUGAGAUGGGCAGCUUUGAUGGGUCUAAUACCACUAAGGCCAUUGAUGCGUCGGUGGGUGGUUUAGUUUGGGUCCGCCGCCGUAAUGGGUCGUGGUGGCCUGGCCGGAUUAUGGGUCUUGAGGAGCUGUCUGAGAGCUGCUUGGUUUCCCCAAAAUCAGGUACUCCGGUGAAGCUUCUUGGUCGUGAGGAUGCAAGCAUUGACUGGUAUAAUCUUGAAAGAUCUAAAAGAGUGAAGGCAUUUCGAUGUGGGGAGUAUGAUGAAUUUAUUGAGAAAGCCAAGGCUUCUGUAGCCAUUGCAAGUAAGAAAGCAGUAAAAUAUGCUCGAAGGGAAGACGCAAUUCUUCAAGCACUUGAGCUCGAGAGUGCUCACCUUGGCCAGGGUCAACUGGCCUUGAGUUGUAGAAUGAAUACUUCUGGCAGCAAGCAUGAUAUCUCUAACAGAAACUCCAAACUCAUGGCUAAUUCAAGUGAAGUAGAGUUGACCGAUAAUAUGAGUGAUUCUGAAGACAGAUCUGAUUCAAUGCCAGAAUUAUCUCAGUCUGGAAUUUCUUUCGAAGAGAAUUUUGGUUCUUCAAUGGCUCGAUCUGGUCAGAGUAGGAGGAGAACUCCAAACGACUCUGAGGAUGAUGGAACAGAGGGUGUAAAGCGAAUGAGAGGGCUUGAGGACCUUGGUAUUGGUGUAGUGUCAAAAAGAAAAGUUCACACUGGAUGUGUAGUUGAGCUGGUUCAAGAAGUUAGUGAUGUAAACUGUAAUUCAAAUACUCCCAAUUGCUUGGCUAAUGAACAUCCUCCAGAUGAUAGCCAAGUCAGGUCAUCCCUAUUUAAAAGAAAGAGGUCUCAAGUGUCCAAUGUUAAUGAAUUCUCGAAAAGGAAAAAUCGACAUAGACCAUUAACAAAAGUUUUAGAAAGUACAACAAUGUUAUCUGUUCCAGUUGUUUGCAAUGAACUUCCCAAUUCAUGGGGUUUACCUCUCAGGGGUUUGUCAGAUGGAAAGCUUUCUGAACAAGAAUCAAACGAGUCAAAGAAGCGUUCCUCGGCAGCAGUGAACAAUAACUCGGACAGUACUGUAAUUUCUUGUGAGUAUAUGGCCCCUACAAACGCUCUUGAUACUUCUCAUUUUAAUAUCAAGGUGAAGGAUACUGAAGUUUCAAGUAUUUGCGAUCGAGCUGAGAAUGGUAUUCCUGAUCGAUUAUUUCACGUGCCAUUCUCUGGGGAGGGAAAACAUCCCGCAGGUCUUUCCCCAACAUUUUUCCCUAGGUGCCCCAUUGGUGUAUCGGAAAGACAAUCCAGUCAAAGUAGUCAAGCCAAACCUGUAUGUGUAAGCAAUGAACUAAAUAAUGAAUCUGGUUCUACUAGUUCUGCCGUUGCUGAUCCAGAUAGCAAUAUCAGUAAAACAAUAGAGAAGGGCAGUUCAAAGUGGCAGCUAAAGAGGAAGAGGAAUUCAAGACAUACAAAGAAAACUCGUACAAACGACUCAAUACAUUUUGUACUUAGUGACGAUAGGCAAAAAACUUCUGGGGCAGGUAUAGAGCAUCUGGAUGGAUUCAAUGUAGAAUCUGAUCUGAAAGUUUCUAGUAGCAUUCAGGAACCUCCUCUCUCAAAGAAUAACUUUAAAGCAGAGCCUGAGAAACUUGCUGAAGAAGGAUCGAAUGAGUUGGAUUCUAUCAAAUGUUCAUCUCAAGACCAACUUCAUACUAUUAGUGGAAAAACAAAUAAGCUGAAGCAAUUGCCUGAUUACACUUGGGCCACUCCAAGGUUGCUCCCUUUUCGCCAAUCCCGCCUUAUGGUUCACUCCAAAUAUCAGUGGUCAGAAUUUUCUUCUACAAAAUUUGGUUGUAAUGCUUCGCUAUAUGAUGUUGAGCUUGUGGUAAAAGCCAACUAUAAGCCACAACAUGUUCCACUGGUUUCAUUAAUGAGCAAAUUAAACUGUAAGGCAGUUGUUGGUCAUCCGCUCACUGUUGAGGCAUUGGAUGAUGGUCAUUGUGAUGACCUGUUGAGCAGAUCUGAACUUGAUCCUCAGAAGGGUGUGGAAAGUUCUCAUUUGGUACAAUCAAAUUCUUGGAAAGGGAAAACAGUGGGCAAGCGACGUGCCCGUGUAUGUCAACCGCGUCCUUCACCAGGGAAAGCAUCAAAGACAAAGAAAUCUGGACAACUAUCAAAAAAGACCCGGAAACUGUCUUCACUGACUGUUCAGAAGCAGUUUGUAGAUGAUAGUAGACCAGUGGUAGAGAAGUCCAAGGGUUCUUUUAUAGCAUGUAUCCCCCUCAAAGUAGUAUUCAGUAGGAUAAAUGAAGCCGUGAAUGGGUUGGCACAACCAACCCAUCGCCCUUUAAUGACUGUGAGUCGAUAAAUAGUUUUGUUUUGCUGAAUUUGCCUGUUUCUCCUUCCAUUGCAGAGUCUACUUCUUGUUUGACCCAACUCAGUUUGAGGCUUCUUAUGUAAAAUUGUAUCGCAUUUUCAUACUAUAGGAAGAAAACUGGCUAGGAGAAUGCUUUUGGCUUUGUAUAUAUGUAUGGUCACCUGAGGUAUAAAGAUGGCAUUGACCUUAUAUUAGAUGAUGCCUAAUGUUAAGAUGUUCCUUUUUCUAAUAAUUUGGGAUCCAUUUGUGAUUGUGCUCUAAGGGAAAUGUGAGACUGAUCUCAAGAUGGCAAAGACAAAAGAAGCAAGCGGCUAUUCUAUUGGACUGAUUUCUUUGCUUGUUCUUGAAUCGCCCUUGUAAUGUGACACUUUUGUUUUUGGUUUCUCAUAUUAUCCUUUUAGAACGUUUCUAUGUUUGAUAAAACAGUGGGUUUCUGAUAUUAGACAUAUGAUAUGAAG